AUGGCUGGACGGAGAAGGGCGACGGGCGACGCGGGGGGGGGCGGGGGAGAGAGCGGGCUGGGAGCCGGGCAGGGAGUCACCCGAGGCCCGAGUUCGAAUCCCGACUGCAGCGCCGCUGCCCGGCGGCGCCGGCCCCGCAACCUACCGGCCGCCGCGGGACCCAGCAAAAGCCGCUGCGCCGUUCCAGCCCCUGCAACAUGGCCGCCCGCGGAGCGCCGGAAAUACGAGGCCACUUCCGCUUCCGGCCCCCGCCGAGGACGGCCCCGCCCACCAUCCAGAUUUAUCACCUGGGCAACGCCCCCCCUCCGCCGCGUGCCGCUUUUUUCCCGGCCACGCCCACGCGGCACGUCCGUGGCUCCGCCCACUCCGCGAGGCCACGCCCACCCAAAGACCCCCGCCUAUCCCGCUGAAGCCGCGUCUGUUACUGGCUAA